UCAGCUGGGUGGAGAGGGAGGGGAGGAUGAAAGUCAGCCUCCCAGCCAUUGCAGCAGAGCGAGCCAGGGCGGAGGGCGGGCAGCGAGCUGUGUGUGUGUGGAUGCGCGCUGCCUGGCAGGGGAGGCUGCCCCGCUUGCCGUGCAGCCCAGGGAGGAGGCUCGCCCCCGGCCCCCACCCAGCAGCCCCCUGCCCUGGAAACGCUGCCCGGAGCCCGGCCCCAGCGAACGCGGCUCCGCGGGCGCCAGAGGGACGCGCAGGGCGCCUGCGGGCCGGAGCAGCGCCGGGCUGGCGGCAGGAUCGAGCAUGGAAUUGUUCAGGAGAACUAAUGUACCCCUGGGCUCCUGAAGGAUAGGCUUUCCAGGUUGGAACAUUCUGAAGACCAUCAAGGAACGUGACGUGGAAAAAGUUGAGAAUCCCUACCUUAAAGAUAUUGCAAGUGAAUCAUUUAAGGCUAGAGUCUACCAGUUGGGCAAGCCUGCCUCCUCCAGCCUCCCUGCUGACAAAUGGUGGUGGAUUAUAGAUGAGGACAUGCUGACCCAUUCGACCUUGCUGAGACUGCGGGGAGGGGCCUCCUGCUACUUGAGGGAAGCUUUGGGUCAUUUAAAGGACAAGGUCAUGAGCCAGGAAUUUGACAUGCAUGAUGGAGGUGAAAAAGGAUGAAAAACAAGCUGCUGUCCUGGACAAAGGUGAAGAAGAUGAAUGUUUAGUAGAACUUUAUUACAUUGGAACCAUGUUCUAAGUAAUUCUUCUAGACAUCUUUCAUAAAUAUUUUAUAUAUCUACAGAGACUGAUAUGACUGAAAAUUUUGGCUCGUAAGCAAUAUAUGCUGGAAGAAGCCUGCAUGGAACAUAACAUUUGUUUUAGUUCAGAUUAUGUGAAAAAAUUAUAGACUUCUACCUAUUAUUAUUUAUUAACCUUGCAUCUCAAUUCAGCCACACCAAACUAGUCUUUAAAGUGAAUAGAAGCAGAGCCUUUGUGGAUAUUUUUAUUGAACAUGACUCAUGGAGAAGAGCCUGGCUCUGAGAUGCACCAGGAUUCUGUUGUUCUAACUUACCUAGAGGGAUUACUAAUGCAUCAGGCAGCGGGAGGCUCAGGUACUGCAGUUGACAAAAAGCCUACUGGGCAUAGUGGAGAGGAUCAAAACUUUAAGAUUUCUGGAAAUAUAUUUCCCAACUGUCAAAGUAAUGGUCCAGUUCUUAACACACAUACAUAUCAGGGAUCUGGCAUGUUGCAUCUCAAAAAAGCAAGACUAUUACAGUCUUCUGAAGACUGGAAUGCAGCAAAGAGAAGGCGGUUGUCUGAUUCCAUUGUGGAUUUGAAUGGAAAAAAAGAAGCUUUGUUAGCUGGCAUGGUUGAAAAUGUGCCUAAAGGCAAACAGGAUAGCACACUACUUGCCUCUUUGCUUCAGUCAUUCAGCUCUAGGCUGCAGAGUGUUGCUCUGUCACAACAGAUUAGGCAGAGCCUCAAGGAGCAAGGGUAUUCCCUCAGCCAUGAUUCUUUACAAGUGGAGAAAGAUGUAAGGUGCUAUGGUGUUGCAACUAGUCGCUUGAAGACUCUGCUGAAGAAAAGAAAAGCAAAAGAUCAAAAGCUGGACACCACUCUGCCUGAUGUAACAACGAACCUGCCUAAAGAGAGAUUUAUAGAAUCUCCACAUACAGGGCAGAAUGGACCCAAGGUGAUGAAUGAGCCUCUGUCAUGUGCUGCAAGAUUACAAGCAGUUGCAAGCAUGGUAGAGAAAAGAUCUAGUCCUACUGCUUCUCCUAAACCCAGCGUAGCUUGUAGUCAGCUAGCUUUACUUCUUUCAAGUGAAGCUCAUUUGCAGCAGUAUUCCAGGGAACAUGCUUUAAAAGCACAAAAUGCAAAUCAGGUAGCAAGCGAGAGACUUGCUGCUAUGGCCAGAUUACAAGAAAGUGCCCAGAAAGACCUUGGCCAUUUCAGUGUGUCAAAAGGAAUGCCAAGCCAUUUUAAUGGUCAAAUGAGAUCAUCAGCAAAAACAAUAACUAGCAAGAGCAAUAUGGCACCAUUUCAGAGCCCCAUUGGAAUCGUUCAUUCUCCUCCCAAAAAUGUAGGAUACAAAAAUACAUUGGAAAGAAACCAUUUAAAACCAUCUCCCAGCAACAGUUUGCUGUUACAUCUUCUUAAAAGUCAGAAUGCAACUAAACAAACAAAAGGGCAUGAGCAGAAUGAGAGGUCGGGUAUUUUUGAGGACAGUAGCACACCAACUACUGUGGAUGAGUAUUCAGACAACAAUCCUAGUUUUACAGAAGAUGACAGCAGUGAUGAUGAAAGUUCCCAUUCUAACUGUCUUCCUAUAGAUUUAUCUUUCAAACAGAGGACAGACAAACAAGAUUCUGGACAGCCUGCUUCUCUAGAUAAUCUGAGUCUGCCAUUGUUUCAUAAUUGGGAUCCAAAAAUUCCAUGUCUAGAUAACAGUAUGGAGAAUAAAGAAGAUAAAGACACUCCUAAAGGUUCUAAACUGAAUCCACAUCAGAAAGUAACACUGCUUCAGUUAUUACUUGGGCAUAAGAGUGAAGAUAAAGAGAAAAAUACAGACUCUCAGGGACCACACAGUACAGCUGAUGUGGCAACAUUUACUGUACAAACUGGUAAGAGGACUCCUGUGACAGAAAGUUCCAGUGCAAAUCGAAGAACUCCGUUAAGCACUCCACCUUUGCUUAUUUCUACAAAAGCAGACUCUCCUAUAAAUCUCUCCCACCAAUCUUCUCUAGCAGUCAAACAUAAUUCACCACCAUAUGCUUGCAGUGUCCAGCCAGAGAGGUUAAUGAAUCCAGCAUCUAAACAUUUGAUAGAUCUUACAAAAAAUAAAGAACUUCAAGGAACUAAAAUGAACAGAAAUGAAAGUGCACAAAAUUCUGCAGCUUUCAGUGCCAGCAAGCUGUUGCAGAACUUAGCUCAAUGUGGAAUGCAGACUUCCAUGUCAGGUGAAGAGCAAAGAACGAGCAAACAGCUGCUAACAGUAAAUACAGAUAAACCUAUAGGGUUGAUUGAUAGAUUGAAUAGUCCUUUACUCACAAAUGUAUCAGGUAAAUUUGAAGAAAACAACAAAAUAUUCAAUUGUCAUCCUACACCCACUGAACAAGGACUUCCUAGUUCAGAAAUAGAAAAUCUCCUUGAAAGACGCACUGUCCUUCAGUUGCUUCUGGGAACCCCCAAUAAAGGUAAAAGUGAAAAGAAAGAGAAGAUGCUUUUAAAAGAUGAAAGCUCACAAGAACAGGUGGAUAAGGCUUUGAGUGAGCAAAUAUUGACUGUGAAAAUAAAAACUGAACCUUGUGAAGAAUCAGAUGUUCCUCAUAAUCCAAAUGCACAGCCAAUAAGAGAGAGUAAGGGUAACACAUUUCAAGGAAUAGCUCGUUCAGUGCAGAGAAACACAGGUGCCUCUCCGGCAUCUGAGGACUUGAAACCUGAGCCUCUUUCACAUGAAGAUUUUUCUUUUUCAAAAAAUGGCUUGUUAAGUCGAUUGCUGAGACAGAAUCAAGAUAGUUACCCCGUUGAUGAUCUGGACAGAAGUCACAGAAAUAGUGAACUGACACUUCUAGACUCAAAGAGCCUUUGCACCAUUCCUAAGAAGAGGAAAUUUCAUACUGAGCCUUCAGAAAGUCCAUUAAAAAAGGUAAAAAGUAAUGUGACUGAUGCUUCAAACAAUCACAUGUCUCCUGCAGAGACAUUGUAUCGGCCUUUGCUUAACCAGCAAGAGCUGAAAUUCAACAGAGGCGAUCUUGAAUUUAAAUAUACUGCAGGUCAUGGUUCGAAUAAUGAAAGUGAAAAUAGGAGUUGGUCUAGAGAUAGUAAAGGCUUUAAUGUGUUGAAACAACUGCUUCUCUCAGAAAACUCUGAGAGAGAGUUUUCACAGCAUAGGAAUAAUGCAGUAACAGAGGGCAAGAAGAAAGGAAACAAAAAUAAUGUAGCAAAUAAUAAACCCGAAUGUAGCGUUUCCUCAAUAAAUGCAUUAAUGGGAAAUCCUGUGCAACCAAACAGUUGUGUAGAUCACAGGACAUUUCAGUACCCAGUAGCAGUGAAGAGUCCUGCUAGUUCCCCCUUCUCUGAACAUUUGGGAUGUACAGUAUCUAGACCUGAAUCUGACCAAUUUAGUGUUUGCCCCAUACCCAGUGAAAAAGGCCCCAUCAGAUGGGUUAUCACAGGAAUGGACAAGGGUGAAUAUGAAAAAGACUCCCCAAGACUAACCAAAACCAAUCCAAUAUUGUAUUACAUGUUACAGAAAGGAGGCAAUUCUGUUAGUAGCCAAGAAGCACAUGAUAAGGACAUUUGGAGUGAACCUUCAUUUACGGAAAAUUCAACUCCCGUUACAAUAAAGGAGGAGUUAUUACCUGACACAGAACCUAAAAUUCCUUUUCAUAAUUUAAGAAGCCCUUACAAUAGCCAUAUGGGGAAUAAGAGCUCCCAUCAACACAAUGUGAAUGGAGAAGUGUAUGGACUCUUGGAAAAGGUGCUAACAAUCAAAAAAGAACCUGAGUGAAAUAUACAGCCAACAAAUGAGUUUACAGUCAGUGGAUUUGAAUCUGUGUUAAUAAAAUUUAAAAAAAAAAAAAAAUGAACUGGAAUACUGUAUAAAUUGAGCAUGAUUUGAGAAAAGCAUGGUCUUAUUGAAUCAUAUUUUCAUUUGAGAAACUUUGUAUUUCUGGUGAUAUUUAAAAACAUGUAGAUAUGUUUGCUUUACCGUAGAUAGUCACAAGGAAACUGUGAGAGUUAUAAGCUGUACAAGACACAAUUCUGUAUGCAUCAAAGUAAGGUAUGAAUAGUCUGUGACUGAAGUCUUAUUUGGAACAACAGGUAUUUAGGUAUAAAAUAAAGUAAGCAUACAGCCAAGGUGGUGGUAAUGCAUUCUGCUGCAUUUCAUUCUUUCCACAUAGUGUAUUCCCUUUUUUUGGCGGUUUAAGCAUAGAGACAGUGUAACCUUUGAUAUGUGUUUAAUACGUUUUGUGAAACUUUAAGAAUUUUUUUUAAGAAAUGGAACAGUCCAUCCAGGGUAGUAGUAGAGUAGAUUUAGUAAUCUGUCAGUGUUUAAUUAAUCAAAUGCACUGAAAUGUAAUUUUUAGUGCUUCCAAAUUUUGUGUUUUUAUUAUUUAAUUAUUUUUGUGAUUAUCCCCGAAUCAUGGUGUGGUGGGGGUUUUUUCCCCCCACCUUCCACUUGCUUUUGACUAGAACAUUCUGCAGAACCCGGAGUAGUAGUCAUAUAAAAUAGGGGUUAUGAUUUAAAGAUUGUUUGUUUUCUAGGUUUUCCUAGCGUUUUAUAUAAAAAGCAGAUUUUCAUCUACACUGUUUAAAAAAAAAAAAAAAAAAAGUCUUUUUUUGGUCCACUUUUACCUGUUGCUUUCCCCUGUCUUAAGCCAAGUCAACAGUCAAUAUUAAGUUGACCCAACUAUGUGUCUCAGGGGUGUGACAAUUCCACACCCUUUGAGCAACACAGUUAAGAUGACCUAACCUCCAGUGUAGACAGGGCUAAGUCAGAGGAAGAAUUCUUCCAUCAAUUUAGCUACCGCCUCUCACUGAUAGGAGAACCCCUCCCAUCAGUGUAGGAAGUGUCUACAAUGCAGUUGUGCCACUAGGAGUUUAAAUGCAGACGUAUAAAGGGAAGGUAAAAAAGGCAUCUUAUAAUUUUGGAAUAAACAGACCCGUCUUCUGUGGCCAGAAAACUGCCAUUGAUACCAGUUUGUGAAACACAUAAGCAAAAUGUUUUUUCAGCUCCAUGUUGCUUCCUGUUAAAAGAACAGUUACGGUAUUUAUAUAAUACAUAUUCCAUAUUUCAGUGGAAAUUGUGAGAUAUUGGUGGAAAACAUGGUGGGUCUUCCUGUAACUGCAUAUUCUGCAAACAUUUAUUACUCUGAGCAGCUGAUCUGUGGUUAAUACACUGGCCUUUCAUCCCUGAAAACCUAGAUUCAGAACAAUUUGUUAGGUGUCACUGUGUGUGAAAAUAAGAUUGGUGGUUUUGUUCUAUUCCAUAGUGGAUAUCAUCUCAGAAAUGGCCUGUCUCCUCUGUUCCCCUGCCUCCACCCAACGUUUUGUAAUGUUGGCAGCAUUUUUUCAAAAUUGGCCUUGGACUGGAGUAGUGGAGAGUUGUAGGUCAAAGCUGAGAUUCAUUGAAAGCGUUAAAAGAAAAGGAGGACUUAUUGAAAGCGUUGUUGUCGUGGGAAAAGCUGAGCAGCACGCUUUUCUGGUGGCACACAUGAAUGCCAAGAAGCACCAAACGUUCAUGGAAAAAUGCAAAGAAUUACCUCCCCCCACUCCUCCAAAACAAAAGUAACUGUAUUAAUAACCAUAAGUACUGCUGAACCUAAUUUAUCCAAUACUGGAUCAUGUUCUAAAUAGCUGCUUAUUUCAUUGAAAAUUCCCUGUGUUAUGAACAAAAUCCUGAUAAUAUCUAGAUAAUGAAAGUUGUAGUGUGUUAGGGAACACAAAUAUUUAACAGUGCCCUAUACAAAACAUCCCACAAGGUAUAGAGAUUUAUAGAGGGAAUAAAAAAUACAUUUUUAUGUUGUCUGGGCAAAGCUUAAUAUAUGCUUGAGCUGUUUGAAGGAGAUAUGUAUUUUAAAACUUUCACAUGAGUCUAAUAUUAUUUUAAAUUUCAUUAUCCCUAGCCUGACUUCAGCUAUGCAGUAAAUUACAAAAAAAAAAAGGUUUUUUUGUUUCUUUCAUAGUUAGCAUUUAUAAUAAGUGGCCUGCUGACAAAUAAAAUGUCAUAGAAAUUAACAAGGUAAACUAUAUUUUAGAUUAUUGCCAUUGGAGUUGAAUCUUUUUAUAUGAAUCAGCCUGACAUAAAUAUUAGAAAAAGAUGGCAUUUUGUUCCAUCCAUGAAACAUGUCUCUUAAAGUCUUAAGUGAUUAUUUUUCUUGAAAUUACAUGUAUAUAGCUGUGAAAUAUAGAAUAAUAGAUGGUCCCUAGAAUAAAUACAACGAUGUAGUUUACUUGGGGAGCACUGCGUACUUCAUACACAGUAGGAGGCAGCUUGAAUGUGAGUGAAGUAGAUGUGAUUGGAAAACUUCUAUCAUAACAAAAUUCUGAUGAAAAAUGGGGGAACAUCAGACUUCGCUGUCUUCUAACCAACCCUAGCAAGAAGUGAGACAGAAUCCCCUAGGAGGUGCUUACCUUGUAUUUAUUCUAUGGUAGUUUAUUGUUAUUUAUAAUAUAUACUUUUUAAACUUGUUUUCUAAAGCUUAUGUGACAUUUAAGUUAAAAUGUUAACUGUUUUAACAGUUAACAAUUUAGCUUUCCUUUUAGAUGAGGUUAAUGAAAGAGAAUUAAAACUCUCAGACGUCAGUAAAUUACAAUAUAGCAUAAUAUAAUUUUAGAACAUGUUGAUAGAAAAAUCUCACCCAUGGCAGAAUUUGCAAUGAUCAGUAAGACCCUAGAAAAGAGGUGAGGGCACUCUUCUGGCACACAGUUCCUGCUAAACUGGUUACUUAAUACUGUUUGGUUAGCCACUGGUGGAUGGGGCAAAACUAUUGUCUACUUUAGCUUCCCAAAUACCAAUGUGAUUCUUGCCUAGCAACGAAAAUUUUAAAGCCUGGUUUGCCCCUAUCCAUAUUGGCAAGCUGAAGCCAAUUGGAAAGGGUUUAGCUGAACCUAAAAGGCCUGAUAGCCCUCUCUGUUAGCUCUCACCCAGGAGUUACAGGGGAGGAGAUCACUAAAAUUCUUCUUAUGGGUUUCUCUUCCUAAUUGUUCCAUCAAUCAGCAUGCAGGGGCAGGGUUUGCUUCACCAGCAAUGGAUUCUGAAGGAUCAGUGAUAGACUAAGAUCAUCCAUAUAGAGGCCUUGUGUUUCUGUGUUUCUGCACUUUCUCACAGCUCUAUCCUUAGUAAUCCUCAGCCCCAUGACUAGUAGACCCUUUCUUCCAGGACGUACGCAGUUGGUGGCUUUCUCCACUACCACUCCUCAAAUAGGGGGUUCCCAGUUGUGGGAGUGGGGGACAAAAGUGGGAGAGGAAGUGGUUGGGGUUGCAACUUGACCCUAUUCUUCAGACCUGCAUGGAAGGAGCUUAAAUUAUCAUACUAUGGAUGAGAAUAGUAGUCUAGGAGGGGGGUGCAGGUUUGGUGAAUACUGCUGUGGGACCUGACUAACAAACUCCAGGUUUGCAGCACCAUGGAGGAAGAGGGGCUUGCACUGCAGCUACAUAGGAGUUUAGAAUAUUCCUGAUAGCUGGGGUGGAGAGAGCCGAGAAUUGCACUAAAUCUCAAUGGGAAAUGAGGUAUGGAGGACUGAGGGCAGAAUUGCUGUUUCUGGUUUCUCUUCUGCCUCAGUUUUAGAAGCAUAAACUGCUAAGGUGCAUGUGACCAUGGAAAGAAUAAAGGUUAGGGAGGCUUCCACUGAUAUGACUAAACCGUCAUUUCAGAUGAAGCAGUUUAUGAAUAUCAGAAGAUUGAAAUGGAAUUCAGCCAUAUUUUUCACUUGUUUUAGCCAUCUACUGUUUAUAACACUUUAAAAUGUUUAAUUUACAAUUAAAAAGAAAAAUAUGAAUGAUUUAAAAUUUCCCUGCUAAAUGUUGUCAGUAAAAGAGUAUUACAGCUCUCAUUGACGUCUGUGAAAUAUUACCAGUUUGUUCUCUGCAGCAUUUUACAGAGGAGUAAACUGGUAAGUAUAUAUUAUAUAUAUUUAUAUAUGUAAAUAAAUUGACUUGUUAAACAUAUAAUAUGUUGAAAUUGGUUUUUAAAAGGUGAUGUAAAUAGUGGUUUCCUUAAUGAAAAAUACAUAUUUUGUAUUCUAAUGGAAAGGAAAAAACCUUCUAAUCUUGUUUUUGGUUAUGUAUAUUCCAUGUAUAAGUGUAAAUAUGAUCACAUAGAUUUAAAAACUUUUGCAUGUAAGUAUACAGUUGCAAGUCUGGAAGAAUGUAUAGAAAAUACCUUUUAUUUAAAGUUGUGAUUACCUUCUGCAUGAAAAGUGCAUGGGGGACCCUGUGCAUUGGCAAAAAUGUCUUAAAGUCAGGUCAGUUCAUCAAAACACACAACAGUAUUCCAUUUCUGGACAUGACUUCUGUUGUGGUAUUUUAGCUUUGUGAAAGAAUGUGCUUCAAAUCAAAAGGGUCUUGAAAAAAACCUCAAAACUACUUUUAAAGCAUAAAGAACUCACACAAUUCUAAUCGGUCAUAUACGUUUUGAACUCCAUUUUAAAUAAUUGAAAUAUUGUAACAGGAGUAUUUCACCAUUUUAAAACAAUGGAAUGACAGUUCUCAUUGCCAUACAUAAGAAUUCUGGGGUUUACUGCAACCAAGUUUGUUGUGAUGUGUUUUCAGUAAUAUAACUGGUCUCAUUUUUUAUUAGAAAUUAAUUUCUUCAUGUGAUGUCACAAACCUGUACAUACUGCAGAGUGAAGUUUUUUUAAAAUCUUUCAGUGUUUACUUCCUGCAGAAAAUUUGAAUAAAUGAGAAAAAUGCA